CCUUCAUCCACAUAUCCGGCAACUUUUUCAUUGUUUCUUAGCAACAGCUGUCAAACUUUUUUAGCUUUAGAAGCUCGGAAUGACUGACCAACUGGACCAACUGGCCACCGCCGAGCUGCAGCGUCUGCAGCGCCAGCACCGUUCCCUACAGCUGGACCUGCGUGGGCUGCUAGAGGAGAAAACAAAACGACUGAAAAAGCAAAAUCACAUGAUUAACGUUCUGCAGGUGGAAUAUGACAAACUUAAGGACGAAAUCAAAACCCUGGAGGGCGGCACUCAUGCACGUAAGAAUACCAACAAAGAGAGACUCUUGGGAACCUUGCAAAAUCAACAGUCCGAACUGCAACGGGUAUACCAAGGCGAACGCACCAAUUUGUGGGAGCUCGAGGGACACAUACGGAAAAUGGAAAAAGAAAUAGAUGCAUUGCGUCGCAAUGAAGUGCCCGACAAUUGCUACAAGGAAACAAUUUGUAAGGUGCAAAAGAGCGUAGUCAAACUAGAGAAUCGCCUCGACGUGGUCAACAAAAAGUGUAGCGAUGUUCUAACGGAGAACGGCAAAAUGCGUGACGCAAUAAACCAUAUGCUUCAAGAUCG